AAACCAACGGUCGAGAUUACAUCUCUUCUCCGGAAAGCAAUGCUAAGACCGAUCCAAUGCUCGCGUCGUCGGCAUUCUCGCCAGGGAUUUCCAGGAGCGCGAGCAAAUCCAUCGCAAUCCAUCACUCAUCGCGCCAUUGCUUUUCUUUCCAGAGAUUUCCUGUCGCUCCUGACCUAAAGUAUGGGCGGAUCGAUCAGCGCGAGCCGGCGCGAGCUCCCCGACGGCGAUGUGGUGGAGAAGCGGCUCGUCAAGGCGCUGCAGCAGCGCGCCGCGGCCGCCAAGAGCAGCGUCAAAUCCUUCGACGCCAUUCUCAUGAAAUUUUCCAAGAUCGACAUGGCCUUCGACCAAGUCCGUGACGUUUUCAAGCGAUUUGACAAGCACAAGAGAGGGACGAUCGACCUCGAGCAGCUCAAGGCGUGUUUUCGAGAGCUCAAGGUUGAAUUCACCGAAGAAGAGGUCCAGAUCUUCUACGAGGAGGGGGAUGUGGAUCACAACCGGCGCAUCAGUUUCAAGGAAUUCAUCGUUGUUCUUGCGCUAGCUUAUCUCCUGGGAGAGCCUCUCAAUUCCGAUGGAAAAUCGAGGAUUGGAUUGCCGGACUUGGAGUGGAGCUUCGAGACGAUCGAGGACGCGUUCGUCUUCUUUGACAAGAAUGGCGAUGGCUACGUCACAAAGGAAGAGAUGAUCGAGUCCAUCCACGAGUCCUCACACGCGACUAAUACGCAACAGGAUAGCAUAGGCGUCGAGAGAUUUGAGGAAAUGGAUUGGGAUAGAGAUGGUAGAGUCACAUUCAAGGAGUUCCUCCUAGCAUUCACUGGCUGGGUUGGGAUCGAAGACGAUGAAGAUCAAGAGGAUUAAAACCAAGAAUGGAGCAACAAGAACUAUACAUAAGUUAUCGUCAAGUUCUAGCUGAGUGGAGCAAGAUCCGGAACCAUAGCCACAGUAACAACGAAGAACUCACAGCCGAUGCC